UCCCAGACUUCGGCUCCGGCCCGGUUUUUUCCGCGCUGCGUCACGCGCCCGUGACUCCCCCCGGGGCGGCCAGCGCGUGGGAGCAGCGCCGCGGGGAGCCCCUGCGCCGGGGGGCCCCGCUCCGGGCGGCCGGCUCGUGUCCCGCCGCGGGGGCAGCUCGACGCGCGCCGGGGCCCGGCCGGGCAUGUGAAGAUGUCAGUGGGGUGCGCCUGCCCCGGCUGUUCCUCUAAGUCAUUCAAACUGUACUCGCCAAAGGAGCCCCCAAACGGCAACGCCUUCCCCCCUUUCCACCCGGGCACCAUGCUGGAUCGAGAUGUGGGACCUACCCCCAUGUACCCGCCGACGUACCUGGAGCCCGGGAUAGGGAGGCACACGCCGUACGGGAACCAGACCGACUACAGGAUAUUCGAGCUGAACAAACGGCUGCAGAACUGGACAGAGGAAUGUGACAAUCUCUGGUGGGACGCCUUCACCACGGAGUUCUUCGAGGACGAUGCCAUGCUAACGAUCACCUUCUGCCUGGAGGAUGGACCAAAGAGAUACACCAUCGGCCGGACUCUGAUUCCCCGUUACUUCCGCAGCAUCUUUGAGGGGGGUGCCACGGAGCUGUACUACGUGCUCAAGCACCCCAAGGAGUCCUUCCACAACAACUUCGUCUCGCUGGACUGCGACCAGUGCACCAUGGUGACCCAGCACGGCAAGCCCAUGUUCACGCAGGUGUGUGUGGAGGGGCGGCUUUACCUGGAGUUCAUGUUCGACGACAUGAUGCGGAUAAAGACGUGGCACUUCAGCAUCCGGCAGCAUCGAGAGCUCAUUCCUCGCAGCAUCCUCGCCAUGCACGCACAGGACCCCCAGAUGCUGGACCAGUUAUCCAAGAACAUCACCCGCUGCGGGCUCUCCAACUCCACCCUCAACUACCUCCGGCUCUGCGUGAUCCUGGAGCCGAUGCAGGAGCUGAUGUCCCGGCACAAGACCUACAGCCUCAGUCCCCGCGACUGCCUCAAGACCUGCCUGUUCCAGAAGUGGCAGCGGAUGGUGGCGCCGCCAGCCGAGCCGGCACGGCAGCAGCCCAGCAAGCGCCGGAAAAGGAAGAUGUCGGGGGGCAGCACCAUGAGCUCUAGCGGUGGCAACGCGAACAACAGCAACAGCAAGAAGAAGAGUCCGGCCAGCACCUUCGCCCUGUCCAGUCAGGUACCUGAUGUGAUGGUGGUGGGCGAGCCCACGCUGAUGGGGGGCGAGUUCGGCGACGAGGACGAGCGGCUCAUCACCCGGCUGGAGAACACGCAGUUCGACGCCGCCAACGGGAUCGACGACGAGGACAGCUUCAACAACUCGCCCGCCCUGGGCGCCAACAGCCCCUGGAACAGCAAGCCGCCCUCCAGCCAGGAGAGCAAGUCGGAGAACCCCACGUCACAGGCCUCCCAGUAACGGAAAGGGACUGGGGAGCGGAUCGGCGCUGCCUGGUGCCAGGGCGUGGAGCCCCAGCCCUGCCAGCCGCCCUGCCCCCGCUCUCUGCACUCCUGCUUGCCCAUGGGGCCCCCUCUCUACUCCACCCCCCGGGAGAGCCUGAACUCCCUCUCCCAUGUUCCCAGUCCUGCCCUUGCCAAAUGGGAGAGCCUGGCCCCGGUGGGAGGGGGGCCUGCUUCUGUGGCUCCCACCCGUUACUACCUGACACCCUCCUUCCACGGGGAAGCCAGUAGCCGGCGAGCGCCCGAGGACCACGGGUUGGGGCUCCCCGAACGGCGGUACACUGAGGCCGGGCGUCUGCAGAGCUCUGCCGCGGUGGGGAGCGAAGCGAGUGCGUCGCUCCAGCCCCACAACCCACGAAGCGGCUGCUUCUCCUGUCCCCCUCCGAGCUGGCCCCUUGCACCUGCAAGCAUCCCGUAGGCGGGGUGGGUUGAUUGGGCUUUGGGGCAGGUAGCCAUUCGGGAGGCUUGUCCCUGUCGCGCCCCCUUCUGGCGGCUGGGGAAGGGGCAGCCAGGCAGGGCCGCGUUUCCCUGCUCGCCUGGCUGGCAGAGGUUUUGCCCUCGGGAGCGAGAGCGCGGCGGGCCGAGGUGGAGCGUUGUGUAUAUAGAAAUCCGCGAUGGAGACGAAUCCCCUGCAACCUGGGGCUGGGGUGGGAGAAGGGGCCAGAGGCUCAGAGGCCGAAAUGGGAAAGCGCCCCAAGUCCACGCCUGGCUUCCUUGCCGUUCCUCUCGCUCUGUGUGCGUCGGCCUGGGCCCCGGUACAGCCCCGGGCUCCAGCCCCCCAACUGGUUUUUUUUAAAAUAAUAUUAAAAUUGUAAGUUUAAAAAAAAAUGGAAAACCUCCCCCUUCACCCUGGUCCCCCCCUCCUCCCCCCCAAAAAAAACCCUGUCCUGAUUUUGUACAGGCUUCUAGAUCUCUUGGGAGUCUUGUUUUAUAUACAGUUCAGAGAGCUUCAAACCAAGAAGAGACUUUGCAGACUUCCUUUCUAUUCCCUCCAGGGGUGGGGGGAAGCCCCCCCACCCCUCCCUCAAUGUAAAUCUUGUGUGCUGUUGUCCCCAUUCCCCCCUCCUCGGGUUUGUGUACCUCGUGCUUGUACAUUUCCGCGCUGUAGACGGUGUAUGAUCCUGUUCUUUCAAUGUGUUCUCACUAGAGCAGCUGCCUUGUUUGAUGUUAGGGGAAACCAGAAGAAUAAUAAUGAUUUUUAAAAGGAAAA